AGAGAUGUUGACGGUGGGUGAGAACCGACAGAGAAAGAGCCUUUAUUAUUGUAAAGUCUAUACAAAAAUUUGUCUCCGGUGGCGAUGGAACAAGAUCGAAGGCUUGAGCUCAUAGACCAUGCAAUUCAGAAGCUUAUACUCGACAACAGAGACGAAGUCCAAGGAUCCCAACAUAACCAUAACCAUCACGACGCUGAAUACCAACUCGCUCUUGCCCACUUACUCUCUGUCUCUCAGCAGUUGGAAAUGUUGAAAGGAGAUGAGACAGUUAAGAAGCAAUCCGAAGCUUGUGUGGUUCAGAAAACAGAAAGCGAGAAUGAGGAUGGUGGGGGAAGCGAAAAUGAAGAGAUAAUGAAAGAGCUGAAGAAGGUAAAGAGGCAGAAUUUCGUGACCCAUUGUCUUCUUUCAGUGAUGAUUGUUCUAACAGUAGUAUGGCAAGUAUCAGAGGUAUCUCUUAUUUUGAAAAUGAAAGAUGGACUAAGCCACCCUUUUAGAUCCUUUGGAAAUAUGCUGAAAGGGAUUGUGAAAGUCCCAGAUGUUAAUGGCCAGGAAGAUGACAACAAGCAACACCCACCACCACAAGAAUCACCAUCCCUUCCUUCUUUAGGUUUACAAAAUGGAAAAGAAUGAGACU